AUGGCUCACACUCUUACAGCCCAGGAACUGACAACCCUCUCCACUAAGGCCAUUGACGCCAAAGCCACUGCCUACUGCCCAUACUCCAAAUUCCGUGUCGGAGCAUGCAUCCUCACGACAUCGGGCGAGUUCAUCUCCGGCGCUAAUGUCGAAAAUGCCUCUUAUCCAGUCGGAACCUGCGCUGAGCGCGUCGCUAUUGGCACUGCCGUUAACUACCUGGUCUCAUUGUCGUCUGGACCAUGGCUAACUUCCCCACGGGUCGCCGGUCACAAGGAUUUCAAGGCUCUAGCCGUCGCGACGGAUAUUAAGCCUCCUGGCUCGCCUUGUGGGAUGUGUAGACAAUUGUGGGUUUCCUUUUCUGCUUUCUUUUGUGGUUGGCUCAUUGGAUCAUACAGCAUUCGCGAAUUCACCACGCCUUCUUUCCCAGUGUACAUGUAUGACGGGGAGGGAAAUUAUAAAGUUAUGACCAUGGAGGAGUUGCUACCCGACUCUUUCGGUCCCGAACAGCUUAAAUAG